GAUUGAUCCAUAUCCCAGGACCAGAGCACCGGAUUGGACUUCGAUAAGUCAGGCUUUCCUACCGUAUAAGGAGACGUCAACUCUGCGUUACCUCCUCCGAAGACCAAUUCCCAGGCCGAGCCGCGAAAAUUACCAUCCCGAGAAAAACUACUCCGGAACAAACCCUAUACAGACGAGUUAACUCCUACUCCAACACGUCCUUUCGUCAUGAGCUACUUCCGCGUUACCCUCGUACGAUCCGCGAUCGGUCUCCCUCGGAGAACAACAGACGUUCUCAAGGCCCUGGGCCUCAAAAAGCGCAUGGCAACUGUGUUCCACCGCGUGUCUCCGUCAGUCGCCGGUCAGAUCAUGAAAGUCAAGGAACUGGUCGAAGUGCGCGAGGUUGACAGACGGUUAACGAAACAAGAGGUUCGUCUUGAGCGGAAGCCUGAUCCAGGAUAUUACAUUGAGCAGACCUCGGGAGCUGAGUGGAAGGCGAGCAGAAGUCAAUAGAUGUUUGCUCUCUGUGGUUGAUCACUUCUUAAUUCCUCUUUACUCUUUGCGCGAGCGUCGCCUGGGAGGCAUUGGGAAUGAUGGCAACUAUUGUCAGCUCAUGAUUAUGCUAGAGUGGUUGGAUAAGUCGGUUCCGAAAUUGGUUGGAACAUGUUUGUGGUUGAAAACUGUUUUCUAUCUCUGCUUGCAUGGAGCGGUGCUAUUACUUUUUCAUUUUUUGUCUCUUUAUUCGACAUGGCUUAUUGUACUAUACAUACUUUGCUACUGUGUUAUAUUAGGUCACUGGGAAUCUAUGUGAACUCGAAAAUAUCGAGUUUUGACAUUAACUUGCUAGCAUUUAA